AUGCGGAGAGAUGUGGACGCUCCUGGCCCAACAAACUCUGUCACACACGUCGACAUGGUUGCACACAAGAUAAUUUUUGACACCGAUGCUGAUUUGGAAAAGCCAGGUGUUGAUGAUGUGAUAGCGCUUCUUCUACUUCUCGCAUCUCCUGAGAUACGUUUGGAAGCAAUCACUGUGACCUUUGGGAAUUCCACUCUGCAAAACACCUUCAGCAACGUUCUAAAGGUCUACGGACUCGUUCAGCAACAUAUUUUGGAACAUCCCCAUGAUGCGACCCGGUUUCCGAACUACGCUCGUCCAACCGUCCUUGCCAAAGGCAGAGCUGGUCCAAUAGCUGGUGAGCUUCACAUCGCGGAAUACUUUCAUGGUCCUGAUGGUUUAUCCGAUAUAAGCAAUACUCAUCCUCACUUCGGCGCCGUCACAACUCAUUCCUCAUUGACUGUCGCCACGACAGAGGCAUACAAAGUUAUUCUGGAUAUCUUGGAACGCGAACCGCCUGGGACCGUGACAAUCCUGGCGGCAGGACCACUGACGAACAUUGCUCUCGCAUUGCGAGAACAGCCAGAGAUAGUCAUGAAAGCACGCAGAAUUGUUGCAAUGGGCGGAGCUUUGGAUGUCCCGGGAAAUACAUCUCCAGUGGCCGAAUUCAACUUUUACGCUGAUCCGUAUGCAGCGCAAGAGGUCAUUCAGUUUCCACAGUUGCCCUUGUUCCUUCUGCCCUUGGACAUUACUGUUCCCCAUUCUGUGGACUUUCCAAUCUUGAUUCCUGCCCAUCAUGACUGUUCCCCCAGCCACACACCUCUGCAGAGUUUCAUAACCGCUAUAUUAACCCGUCCGCGAAACGUGAUGCGCAUGUUAGGGGAAGAUGAUGCAUUCCAGAUGCAUGAUCCUUUGGCGGCCUGGUUCGUUAUCCAGCAUGCAGAUAUUCAGGGAACUGCGCUGGUGCCAGGGUGGAAAGCCCACCGAAGAAUGUUUCGUUUGGAGCGUAUAGGCGAGCUCACAAAAGGAAUGUGUGUUGUAGAUCGCAGAGGGACUCGAGAGGUGUUUCAUAGUAACCGAGCUGAGAGUGGAGUUGAAGAAGCUGUCGCUCUUCGGAACUUAGCACAAGAGGGCGAGGACGGUAUUAUGGUCAUUGUAGAGACCCCUGGAGUCAAAGAGCUCACAGACGCUCUACUUGACAGGGUGAUACUCAAUUCACGUGCUCCUUAGCCCGCUUUUCGCGUUAAGAAUUGCAUUGUGAAUAUCAUGACGUU